AUGGCGCUGUGGGCGCCGGCUUCGCCGCCAACGGUUUUGGCGCCGGUGCCGCCGAGCUUUCGCGGCAGAAGUGCGGAGCUGUCGCGCCGCCGCGCGGAGCCUCGCUGGCAGUGCGAAAUGCAACAACUGCCGCGGCUGCGGGCGUGCUCAUCCGCGGGAGUAGUACGCGGAGGUGUCGAGCGCCAGGGGCUGGCGGUUACCAGUCGAGAUGCUCCAAGCGAAUGCUUCGAGGUGUGUCCGUUGGAAGGGAAAGGUCUGGGGGUGCUGGCCCGGAGGGAGAUCCAGGCUGGCGAGCUCAUCGUUUCUGAAAAGCCCUUGCUGUUGCUGCCCUAUGAGCAUUUGGCUUCGCAGACGGACGCGGAUGUGGAGCGCUUGUUGGAUGAGUUGCCCAACGAGCAGCAGGAGCACUUCUGGGCACUCUUUGAUGCCCAGCUGUUUGACGCCGAGCGGUCGGCGAAGAGCAGAGUGCUGCGCAUCGAGCAGGGGGAGGAACUUUGCACCUCAUAUCUGGACCUGUACAAGGUUCGCGCAGAUCGGCAGCAGGAGUUGUCCAGAAAGUUGAAGUUUCAGUGCACCUGUGACUCACUUGCCCUUAGCUCGCGCUCGCGUCGAGCGGAGGACAGAGACGCCAGCGAUGCGAGCCGCCAGAGGUUGUGGCGACUGUCUCAAGAGCUGGAGGCUUCUCCUGAGGAGAAGUUGGCUGACAUGGAAGUGGCCGAUUUGGUCGAGCUCGAGCUGCGGGGGAAUCCUGCCCUGAAAUGCCGCGCCUUCACUGCUGGCUUCGAAGCUGCGGCGCAACUCGGGGACUUGCCGCUGGCGGAGGACAUGGCGCAGCGGGCCUUGGACCAGGUCUUGCUGGUGGAAGGGCCCUCUCCGCGGGCGCAGAUGCUGCAGCAGUGCGUGGAGCUCUUCGGGGGCUGUUAUGGCAUCGCACAGCCACGGUGUAAGGAGCGCAAGUACCCCCAGCGGUACAGCGGAGACUACUUCCGCGACACCUUGCCCAGCGACCUCUACGAGUUGGAACAGGCUGUUGUGGACGGCGAUGUCUUCACCGUGCGGAAGCUCCUGCAGGCUGGAGUGAACCUGAAUGCCCCCCUGGACAGCAACCACAUGACGGCGCUGAUGAUUGCCUGCAUGAUGGGCAAUUGGGAUCUUAUCCAGUUGCUGGUCGAGGAUUUCGAUGCUGAUCUGGACGGCCCGCUCUCUAGAGCAGGCCUGCGAGCCAUCGACUAUGCUGGCUAUGAGGGCUUCAGGUUCCCGAGCGAGCACCCCAUCUGCGAGUAUUUGAAGAGCAAGGGCUCGCAGCACACUUGGUGGGGAGCUUGCUGCGCAGGUGAUUUCAACCGCGUCAAGGAGUAUGUCGACAAUGGCCAGGAUGUGGAUGAGAUCAAUCCCGUCCUUUGGAACGGCAACGGGGCUCCGGCACGGCAGGAGUUUGGGCACAACAGCAUCGCCCAGUACUUGCUCACCAAGGGCGCAACUGUUGUGAUCCGGAACUGCCACACCAUCGACACACACGAGAUGAAGUGGUCCAUCGGAAGAGGCGACGCCUUCUUCUACAAGGCCGGGGCCGAGGUCGGCCGGGGAUGGUCGGUGGUGGGAUGGCUGCUAGAGGUCGGCCCUGUGGUUUCUUGGUUGGAUGGCUACUAG